AUGAAAAAAAAUAGAUUUUAUUUUAUUAUCUUAAUUUUUAUAAUUAUUAGAGAUGAUCCAUAUGCAAACAAAUUAGUAAAUAGACCUGAAAAAGGAGUUGUUUGGGGUCUAGGAGGAUAAUUAUUGAAACAAUAAAAAAAUUUCUUUAAAAAAGGUGAAUAUCCUAAUCCUGAAGCAGUUAUUGCAUUUUUAGAACUAGAAUAAGCAAAAGAUAUAACGUGCAUAGAUUUAUUAGAAGAAUGUAAUAGAACUGAUUUACCUCGUUAUGGGAUAAUAUUAUCAUCCUAUUCAUGCAGACAUAAUUAUAGAAUAGCAAGCAAUUUAUUAAAAGCUAUUAGAGAAUUAGACAUUCCACAUCUUUAAUAACGUUCCUUUAAAAUUUCAGGAAGAAAAGAUGAUGAGUGGCUUCUUUUAGAUUUUGGAGAUGUAGCUGUGCAUAUGUUUGUUGAAGAAGCGAGAGAUGAAAUCGAUCUAGAAUGGAGAUGGAGAAAUCCUCCUACACCAGAAGAAUAAGAAGAGUUUGAAAAAAUAUAAAAUAAUAAAUUUAGAAAAUAAUUUUUCGAACCUAUUGACGAUUAUUGA